AUGUGGCAAAGUUUCAUCGACAAACUUUCUGACUUAGCAUGCUUGUCGUUGCCACGACACGUUGCAGUAGUUAAUAGUCAAGAUAUACAAUUAUUAGGAUUCGCUGACGCGUCUCAGGUUGGAUACGCAACAACAGUGUAUUUGCGAGUGGUAGAUCAGGAUAGUAAUGUCAGAGUGUAUUUUCUAGCGUGUAAAACAAAGGUUGCACCACUGAAGUCAUCAUCAGAGGAUAUGUCGUUAAUCAUACCUCGGUUGGAGCUUUGUGCCGCGCUCCUGUUGUCGCGUCUACUGUCUCUACGUUUGAAAACCUUAAGGGACAAAGUCAUGAUUACGCGUGUCCGGGCAUGGACAGAUUCAACCAUUGUUUUAUCUUGGCUCACAGCCGAACAGAGGCUAUUUAAAAUAUUCGUCACUAACCGUGUAUUUAAAAUACGAGACCUCGUGCCCCAGUGCGAAUGGGCACACGAUGGUACUUCGGAAAAUCCAGCUGACCCGGCAUCACGAGGGUUGCUACCAGAUGCUUUGGUAGCGUAA